AUGUCUUCGCCUGCAGCAGCACAACGCUCUCAACGGGUCUCCCUUUCGUCCCUUACUCCCAACAACCUAGGGACUGUGCGCAAGCUCAAUUCAGUGCUGUUCCCGAUCAAAUAUAGCGAGAAAUUCUAUCAAGACAUCCUACUACCUGAGGCGGAGGAUUUCUGCAAGCUUGAAGUUUACUACAAUGACGUCCCUGUCGGUACGGCAUGCUGCAGGAUGGAGACUGUGGAUGGACAGACGAAACUUUAUCUCAUGACAAUGGGUAUUCUCGCGCCUUAUCGUCACAGAGGCGUGGGCUCGUAUAGUCUGCAAAAGAUCAUUGACGCCGCCACAGCGCAUGCAAAGCCCAAGAUCGACGUGAUCUACCUGCAUGUGCAGGUCUCAAAUGACUCCGCAAAGGCUUUCUACGAACGUCAUGGAUUCAAGGAAAUAGGGGUUUAUGAACACUACUACAAGAAGAUUGUUCCUCAGGAUGCCUGGAUUCUUGAAAGGAAGAUCGAGCGUUCAUCAGAGAGUACGAAGUGA